AUGAGCAAUUGCUUUGAAUUACAAAAGAACAAACUCAUCUGGAAUGGCGACUUAAGCGAAUUAAAGUCCUACGUCGCAGAAAAGUUAAACAUAAAUGGUAAAUGGAAAUCACCGUCAGGUGGACGCUGGUUAUUUACUAGCGAUGCUUUGUCUAUAACCUGGUAUUGUAAAAGCAAAACUGUCUUAUUUCAAGGUCCUCGUGGCAGCGAAGUGGCUGACUCUUUGAAGAAAAAUAUCGAUGCAUCGCGAAUUGCAAUAGUGAAAGAUGCCGAGCUAAUCAUUGCUACCCCUGCUGUUUCCGAAAGACGGAAUGAAUCUAUCGAUAAUCAGUGUAGUCUCAGUAUUAACAAUUCUAACUCGAACAUGUUUGACAGAUCUAGUAAUACAACAACAACUAUCAACCGAAGCGACUCGGAUGCUAGCGAAGGAAAAGCAAAUGAGCAAGAAAUGUGUUCACACAAGCAGAACGAAGGCGAUUAUAUAAUGAAUUGCAAAGACUGUAGUAAAUUAUCUGUAGAAGUAGCAGAAAUUAAAUUGGACUUGGCAUUAUUAUUCCUAAAAGUUAAUACUGCUGAAGCUCCCGCUACAUGUGAAUGCAAUCGGCUACGAAACGAAAAUCAGCUAUUGAAACAAGAAAUUAAAUUACUCAAGGAAACACUGCACGGCAUGGAAUUGUCAAAAUCGCCAAUUAACAUUGCUAUCGAUAAUAUGAAUAAUCAACCAACCAUCACUGACAAUGACUCUGUUAUACUAAUUGAUAUAGAAGAAUCUGAAGUUAACGUAAACACUAAUAUGAAUAAUUUACCAUCUGCGACAUACAAAGAGAAACAAUAUAAUACCCGAGGGCCAGUUGUUAAUGACUCUCUUAUGAAAUAUAGAAAUCCCAAUAAACCAGUCGUGCAAGACUCCCUGACCCCAUUCGACCAUCUCCUAAAAGAAAAGGCCGCCUUAAACGCCAACAUGCAUCGUCAUAAGAGGAAUCAAGUGCAUAAUUCUCCAACUAACAGAACGCAUUUCUCGAAACCUAAUUACCGGCGCAAUCAGGCCGCCUUAAACGCCAACAUGGAUCGUCAUAGAAGGAAUCCAAUGCAUAAUUCCUCAACUAACAGAACGCAUUUCUCGAAACCUAAUUACCGGCGCAAUCAGUUUUCCGAGCCUAAACAUCAAUAUCGUCAAGCAAAUUUUCCCUCAAAGAUUUUUCGAAGCGGUCGCUAUCGGUGGAUUCCGAAACCAAGAACAACAGCAGACUAUACAGAUACAAGAGCAAGUCAAAUCAAAUCAACCCGGCAUACAAAGUGA